UCGUGCUAACACCUAGCCUCGAUGUAGUAAGCUGUUGGGACUCUGGUUCAUUCUUGGCGGUACAUACCUUGCAGAGACUAUAUCAAUUGUGCUGCUGGUUCCAAGGGCAAUAUUCUCAGCAGACCGAGUCUAGUUAGUUCCGUGAGCCGCAGUGGUCAGCAGGUUGGCGGACGAAAACAGCCUUUAGAGGAAUAAGUGAUGGCACUGAAAUGCUAACGUUGCUAGUUAGCUCCUCCGGCUAUCUAGCUCAACCAUCUGGGUAGCGAAAAUGAGUGGAACUCUAGCUGAGCGGCGCUAGGUAGGAGGUAUGAUAAUCUUUUCAUAGCAGCGUCGUUCCUCUUCAAGCUAUCCAAAUUAGGGUUACAGGAGCAUUAAAGCGGCACAUAAACCAACUAUUGGUUCAGUGUGGCUAAGCCUGGCUCGUGUUAGGAGGCAAAGUGUAGUUACAACUCGGUUUGCACCAGCAGACUUAACGGGUCAGCAGCUAGCAGCUACUGGGCAUUGUGUAGUAUGUAGCCACGGCAUGCUAACCAUCCAUCUGGGAAGUUUUUAACUGCACAUAACGUGACGGGCAGAAUUUGAACAGCGUGAUUUUAGCUGCAUGUAAGGCGCAUAAAACGCUGUCAUGGUGAGAAACCGUUGUUGACUUGUCGGGUCGGAGAAGGGGCCUUGCACCCCGCUCUGGGUCGGCCAACAUUGCGCUAGUUAGUUCGGCUUAUGUAGCCUCAGCUCGAUCGAUUUGUCCGAAAUUAAUUUCAAUCAUGUAAAGCCGGGCAAAGUCCGAGGGUCAGUAAUGUGGCUGUACUGAGCGGGGCCGCCAUUUCAGGUUCACGAGUGCGUGACGGGCCCGCAUUGUCGAGCAAGAAUGAACAACUCCGGAGUCAUGCCACAGGAAAAGAUGGAGCUGGACCUGGAAAUCCCAGCUGCUUUAGUCCAAGGCGAUGGACACCUGAGGAGAUCAAACAGUGCACCCAUGAUUAAUGGAUUGAGCGAUAACGCUCAAGUCUUCCAGAGAGAGGUCCUCCGUUGCCGCAGGAACAGCACCACGGUCGUCAACAGACCCAGCAUGGUGCCUUCAUCUCCCAUCCGCGUGCCCAGCACCAGGCUUCACCAGAUAAAACAAGAAGAGGGAGUCGACUUGAUGAACAGAGAAACUGCUCACGAGCGGGGAGUUCAAGUUGCCAUGCAAAUGAGCCACUCUUGGGAGGAAAGCCUUAGUCUGAGCGACAACGACAUGGAGAAGUCUUCGUCUCCGAAGCGGAUCGACUUUGUGCCCGUGUCGCCUGCUCCGUCCCCGACCAGAGGAAUAGGAAAAAAGCAGUGUUUCUCUCCUUCACUACAAAUUCUUGUCAGCAGCAACGGUCUAACACCCAGCCCGAUACCCAGCCCAACGCGCCGGUUCAGCCGACGGAGUCAAAGUCCGAUCAACUGCAUCAGAGCCAGCAUCCUCGGCCCGAUGAAGCGCAAAGCUAAAGAUCUUUGUGAAAAUACAGGGGAGAUGGAGACGGAAAGCCAGCCUAAGAGACUCUUCCAGGGAACCACCACCAUGCUGUCCUCUGACGUGUCCAACCUGUCAGACCUCGGCUCCUGCCACUCUCCAGAUUUACUGGACGGGAGUCUCAGCAGCAUCGGCUCCUCCACGGACUCCCCGGGAAAGAUGGAGGGCGUGUCCCCUUCGUCGUCCAGCAACUCGCCCUUCACCUCCCUGCAGGAUUUGUCUCCGAAGUGACCAGCAGCGACGGCCACCGUCUUGUGCGUUUCAGGAAAAAACUGCAUCUUCCUCAACCCAAUGGAUCCCAUCUUGGCCCGCGUCUAGUUUACAUGGACUUCUUCAUUUGUUUCCAUAUUUGCCUCCGUACCACUGUUGUCAUGGCUACUCUCUCGGAGGCAGUAGACGGGAUCAGGUUGAGGAAUCUAAAGCCACGCAUCUGUUUGGGUAUCGGAGGUCACGUCUGAGCGACACUGACUGAAGACACUGACUGAAGACACUGUGAGCACUGUGAGGUGGUGCCCGGCUGCUGAAUGGUGUGGUGCAUUACUGGCUUUACCACCAUUUUGUCCCACAUGUCCCCAAUCGCCUCAGAGAGACGCCGAGUACUGGACAAAAAGACUGAUCCUGUUUUAGUGCUGGAAAGUUCGUCCCAUAUGUACACAGUCUGCAAAUUUUCUUCUUUUUUUGUGUGUAAGAAAAGAUUUAACUUAUUGUUUUCCUGCUUUGUAUUGUAAGUAUGUACAUAUGAAUCUAGUAUGAUAUGUACAGUUUUACAUUUGGCUGUGAGGGGACUGUAGGCACUCGUUUUCUGGGGUACAGCUAACGGAGAGUUCCUCUUCUGUUUCCGGUGUGCAGAAGACUUUCAGAAUAUUUUCUGCUUAUAGACUGUGAACUGUGGUGACCUUUUUUGGGGCAGAUUCUUGGUUCCUAUUAGCUGCGACCGUAACAACCCAGACGGAGUGAGCGACGCGCCGAGCAGGAAAUUGUGAACGAAAACCUGUUGAUUUCUGGUAGUCUUUCAACACUAAGAGGUUCCUGUGUAUCUUGUGUUUUUUGUAGAUAUGGAAAGUGUUAAAGAUUACCUCCUGUUCUUCAGGCAAAGUGUUUAUUUAUGAAGAUUUAUGGACAAAAUAUAUAUAUGAAUAUAUAUAUAUAUAUAAUUGUAUGUUGAUUGGUUUUGUCUUAAAUCAGAUAAAACUGACUGCUAAAAGGAAAACAGAACCAUUCCAUUGGGAAUGAAGAGACUGCUGUCGCUGCCAUGUUUUAGGUGCUUUGCACAGGAUGCUCAUCCUUGCUGCGCUCCAGCCUGUGUCCUAGUCUUGAGCAGGAAAGAUGUAGAAGUUUUUUUUUUUUUUUUUUUUUUUUUUUUUUUGUCUUUUUGUUCUGAGGAAAAACAAAAUGCAGAGAUUCGAGCCUGCACUGUGAUAUUUUGCACCAAAAUGUAACCGUUGGGUUCUCCUGGGUCCGUGUUCGUACUCCCCUGUGUUUACGCUUCCUCAGCCUCCAUUGCUCUGCCGCCUUAAAUGUUCAUGUACAAAAUGAAUUGAUUGUAAAUCAUUUCAUGUAAGUGUUCCCUUUUAAUUUAAAGAAAGGUUUGGUUUCAGAUCUUUUACUGAAUGACUUUGUUGUAACUCUUAUUCUUUUCUGGCAAUUAAUUUUUUUUUUUUGUGGUGUUUAUUGUGUAAGGCUGCUUUUGAUCACUGGCCACAUUGAUUGAAUUAUAUAGCAGAAGAAAUUCAAAUGCAACUCAACUCAAGAUUCACUGUGGGGAUGAAGAAUUUCCAGUAGCAGUCAGUCUUCCAUUGGCUUGGAAGAAACUUCUGACUGAAGACUGUUGGUGUGUGACAUGCUAGCCACUUCAUAUCGACAGCAGACAUAUUUCACAGAUGAAACAAUUGAUACUGCUAAUCCACUUUUUUUUUUUCUGGAUUGUCCUCCUGUAACAUCUGCAGCUGGGUUUUUUGUUUUCUUUUUUUUUUCAAAUACAGGAUAGAUCCAAAGAUUUGUUUUUGUUUCUAUGGAAAACUUUUUCUGCCGUAUUUUUUGGGGGUUGUUAAUCUGCUAAAAAGCCAAACGGCGACUCAUUUUUAGUUUACUGGAAGAGACUGAGAUUUUAUUCAAAACCUGUUGUUUCAGAUUUCGCGAGCUCACGCACUUGCUAUUAGAUUCAGAGCCUGUGGAGGAUAAACAGGCCUGCAGCACCAUAGAUCCUCCACCUUGCUUAAUGUUGGGGAUAUUUUCCCACUUAUUCAGACAUUUGACAUCAAGCCAGCUGGAGUGUUGAAGUCCAAUCUUCAUCUCUUGUAACCAAAGUUCCAGCAGAGGUAAGCAAGCUAAACAUUUGUGAUGGUUGGAUUAAAAAAAAUAAAUGCACUUGAAUUAAA